AUGGCUUUGAGAAUUGAAUCCUUACCUAUGGAUCCAGAACUUGUGAAGAGAAUUGGUGCUGCAACUGCUCUUGAAGUUAGAGCUACUGGCAUUCAGUAUUCAUUUGCACCAUGUGUUUCAGUCUGCAGAGAUCCGAGAUGGGGUAGAUGUUAUGAGAGUUUUAGCGAGGAUCCGAAUAUCGUUAAACAAAUGACUGAUUUCGUAAUCGGAUUGCAAGGUGAAAUUCCAGCUGGUUCACCAAAGGGCGUUCCUUACGUCGGUGGAACGGAUAAGGUAGCGGGCUCUGCAAAACACUAUGUGGGUGACGGCGGCACUACCAAGGGCAUCAAUGAGAAUGACACUAUCAUUGAUUGGCAAGGAUUGUUGAACAUUCACAUGCCUGGUUAUCCCGAAGCCAUAGCCAAGGGUGUAGCCACUGUCAUGGUGUCCUACUCCAGCUGGAACGGAGUGAAGAUGCACGCUAACUAUGACCUCGUCACCAAAUAUCUCAAGGACACCCUUAAGUUUAAGGGCAUUGUCAUCUCUGACUGGCUGGGUGUGGACAAAAUAAGCAAUCCCCCCUUUACAAAUUAUUCUAACUCAGUCCUUCUUAGUAUUCAAGCUGGUCUAGACAUGAUCAUGCUUCCCUACAAUUAUAUAGACUUCGUCAAGUUUCUAACUGAACAUGUGAACAACAAACGUAUUCCCAUGAGUCGUAUCGAUGAUGCAGUUAGGAGAAUUCUGUCAGUCAAGUUCAUGAUGGGUCUGUUUGAAAAACCCAUGUCUAGUUAUGAAUAUAUUCCCCGGCUUGGAUGCCAGGAGCACAGAGAUUUGGGAAGGGAAGCUGUAAGGAAAUCACUUGUCCUGUUGAAGAAUGGCAAAAGACCAACUGCACCAUUGCUGCCACUCCCUAAAAAGGCCAACAGGAUUUUAGUUGCUGGAACUCAUGCCAACAAUUUGGGCUAUCAAUGUGGUGGUUGGAGUCUUACUUGGCAGGGAGUUAGUGGCAACAACCACACUGUUGGAACCACCAUCCUAGGUGCCAUAGCAAGUGCAGUGAACGAGACCACAGAAAUUGUCUUCAGUUUAAAUCCUGACCCAAAUUUUGUCAAGGCAAACAAGUUUGAUUACGCCGUAGUUGCUGUUGGUGAGCUUCCUUACGCUGAGACAAAAGGGGACAGCGUAAAUUUGACAAUUGCAGAACCAGGUCCAAGCAUUAUCACCAACGUAUGUGGCGCGGUCAAGUGUGUUGUUAUUGUAGUAUCCGGCCGUCCAGUUGUGAUUGAGCCCUACCUUUCGUCGAUGGAUGCUCUUGUGGCUGCAUGGUUGCCUGGAACUGAAGGCCAAGGAGUGGCUGAUGUUCUGUAUGGUGAUUAUGGAUUCACUGGAAAGCUUCCUAGGACUUGGUUCAGGAGAGUAGAUCAGCUCCCUAUGAAUUUUGGUGAAAAAAAAUUAUGA